AGGAGCUCUAUAAGAGGUGAGGAACCGGAGGAGCGUCAGAACACCGGAGCCACGGCGGAGAGCGGAGCGGAGCUGGAGGCUCAGGAUGAACAGCUGAUCCGGAGCUUCUGUUUCCUCCUCGAACUGAGAAUCCUGGGAGGAAGCUGCGAGGUGACACGAUAAAUAAAUAAAAAAACAACAACAACAAAAAAAAGAACAGAAAAGUGUGCUCCGACGGCGCGCGUCCUGGAUGAGAACAAAGUGCGCGCUUCAGCACCUGAGGAGAGGACAGCUCCUCUGUCUGGACCUCCGGAACCAGAACCUCCGUCUGAUCCCGCACCUCCAGCCCCGAGCCCGGACCUGCAGGAGAGAGCGGAGGAAGUGCAGCUGAAGAUCCGCAACCGGGAGAGUCAGCGGGAGUCUCAAUAUGUACCAGGGGCAUUUACAGGGGAAAGACUCUAGGGCUGCAGAUAAGACUGUUGCCAUGGUCCUGAAGGAGAUACCCAGUAAGGCGUCAUCAGAAGGGAAGCCCCUCCUCACGGUGACUACCAAGCUGGUGAGUGAGCAACAAGAGAGUCGUCCUCUUCUGAGCCCCUCCAUCGACGAUUUCCUCUGCGAGACCAAGUGUGAUGGAGUUUCCCGCCCAGUGACUUCCAACACGGCCGUUCUGUCUUCAACUCUGGACCUGCUGGACCUCAGCGAACCAGUGGAGAGGAGGAACAGCAGAGACAGGAAGAGUCUGCUGUCGUCAGUCCAGAAGAACAACCGGAAGAAGACGGAUGAGACGGAGCUGAUCCAGGUGGAGGCCGAGCAGACUGGACCGAGCAUGAGAACCCCGGAGAGGACAUCGCUGGACUCAGUUACCAUCUGUUCUUUGGAUAAAUGGGAGGAUCUGACUCCGAACCCGGAGAGAAACGGCAACAGGAAAUGGAAGCUGGAGAGACGACGUUCAUCUAAAAACUCCUCCAACGAGUUCCUGUGGUCCAUUGACUGUAAAACGCAAUUAGACUCGUCAAAUAAAAACACCUUGGAAGCCAAAGUGGAGCCGGAGUCGGCCCUCGCAUCACAACUCAACAGGCAGUAUAUUAGUGGAAGACAUGCCCGGCUGACCAAGGAGCAGCGGUGGGGGAGCGCCCUGCUGUCCAGACAUCAGUCCCUGGAGGAGGAGUUCGAGCGAGCCAAGGCCGCUGUGGAGUCAGACACUGAGUUCUGGGACAAGAUGCAGGCCGAAUGGGAAGAACUGGCUCGAAGAAACUGGCUGACAGAGAACGAACAGGCGCAGAUUCCCUCCUCGGUUUCUCCACACGAGAAGGGUUACUACUUCCACACAGAUAAUCCCUACAAGGACUUGCCCAAUGCGUUUGAAGAGGGACUAAAGAAAUCUCGAGAGGGAGACCUGCCAAACGCCGUUCUUUUGCUGGAAGCAGCUGUUCUGCAGGACCCUCAUGAUUCAGAGGCUUGGCAGGUUUUGGGAACCACACAGGCCGAAAACGAGAACGAGCAGGCGGCGAUUGUCUCCCUCCAGAGGUGUUUGGAGCUCCACCCAAACAACCUCCUGGCCCUCAUGGCACUGGCGGUGAGCCUGACCAACACCGGCAUGCGGAACGACGCCUGCGAGGCUCUGCUCCGCUGGCUGAGACACAACCCCAAGUACAAGCACCAGCUGAAGGGGAAGAGCCACCUUAUGGGGUCCCCGAACUCCCAGCGCCGGAUGUCUCACGCUCCCAACAUGGGCCGACACGAAAGCUCUCUGCUACCGGAGGUCAAAGAACUCUUCCUGGAAGCAGCUCAGCACAACUCUGACAGCAUCGACCCAGAUCUGCAGACGGGCCUCGGGGUUCUUUACAACCUCAGCGGAGAAUUCAACAAAGCUGUGGAGGCCUUUAAUACGGCGCUGUCGGUCCGGCCCGAGGACUACCUGUUGUGGAACCGCCUCGGCGCCACGCUGGCCAACGGCGACCGGAGCGAGGAGGCGGUGGAGGCCUACACCCGAGCCCUGGAGCUGCAGCCGGGCUUCAUCCGAUCCCGCUACAACCUGGGCAUCAGCUGCAUUAACCUGGGGGCACACAGAGAGGCGGCCAGUAACUUCCUGACUGCACUGAAUCUUCAGAGGAAGAGUCGAAGUCGGCAGCAGAACCACCAGGUGAUGUCUGGGAACAUCUGGGCCGCUCUGAGGAUAGCUUUAUCCAUGAUGGACCAGCCAGAGCUCUUCCAGGCAGCAAACAUCGGCGACCUGGAUCUCCUCAUGCGAGCCUUUAACUUGGACAUUUGAGGAACAGGAGGCGGCGGCGACAGCAUCACCCCCUUCGCUCACUUCUCCAAUUUCUACCCAACAGCCAAAAGCCCAAAGUGCACACGUCAGAGCGGACCGUUAGUGACGGUAGUGUGUUUUUAUGCACGUCAAAAAUCAACUGCAGUUGUCAAAAACUGUUCUAUUUUUUCGCCCAAGUACCUUGGAGCAGUUCUGGGGACAGGUUCUUCCGAGGGUCUGGAGUGACUGCUUUGUGAUGGAUUUGCACUGCAAUUUGUGAUUUCCCUGAAGAGCACAAGGACGGACAAAGAUUGUACGAGCAAUGCCUUAGAGAACACAUCAAUUAAAAACUGACUCAUCCAGUGGAACAGAGCCGAGCCAGGAGAGACUGACGGCUUUAAAGAGCCUCGCGAGCCGUUUGCUCAGGAAAAGAUGAGGAUUCGAGAGAAAAACUGAGCGUCUGUCUCGACGCCGUCGCUCCCUAACGAAGGACGGAUUUGUUGUAAGACUUCACCGUGAAACCUGGAGCUCCAGAUUCUGUUCCUGGCUUGUUUUCAUCCUCUUCAGACGGACAAUACUGCAUGAAUAAGCAUUUUCAUAAACGGAUUCUUGUUUCGACAUACUUUUAGAAGCUCUCCCUUUGCACUUCAGAUAAACAGAUAAACUUCCUCAGUCCAAGUGGAAUGUGCAAGCCAGGUUGUAAAGCCUUACUCAAAUGCAUGCGACCAACGAUAUUUAUUUAUACUAUUUUUAUGGCAACACAAAAACACUAAGCCAUCUUCAGACUGGUUUCGAUUUCUUUAAAUAACUGCUGUCUUCUGAACUUGAAAGCUUUCUGAGCCAUUAAUUUUUUGCUUUGUUUUUCCUUUCGGUUCUCGGCUCCGAAGCUUCUCCGUGUUCCCUUUACGCCGGCCGGUCGGUGAAUAAAAAGCUGGGCGGCAUCGAUCUGCGAAAAAAACCUUCAUUAGUGGCUUCGAACUUCCUCACAAGUUUUGUGGUUGCAGGUCUAAAAAUAUCAUCUUUCAUCUUCUCCUCUAACUUUCGAAGCCAACAGACGCACACGUCGUAGCCUAAUUUUUAUUUUGGCUGACUUUGUUUAGUGUAAUGCAGCAUAAUAACAUUAUAGGUGAAAGAUGGUGGAGUCGGGAGCCAAGACGGCAGCUUGGUGUACCUCCUAAUGCAGUCAUUUGUGUCUUUGCUGCUCCGCCACAGACAGCAGAGCUCGUAGGUUUAAUCAAAUCAGCCAUCGUCAUGAUUUUAAUACUUACCUAAGCUCAGAACACAUUUGAGGAACGUUGUUUGUUUGUUCCACCACCUGCGGACUUCAAUUUACGCCAUUCGAGAGAUCAUUAUGCAUUAAAAUAUGAUUGUAUGAAACUCCUGCUCCACAUAAAUCUCUUCUCUCUUUAGCUGACAGCUUCUGUUAGUCUGAAAGUCACUCUGUGGGGUGAACGUGGUGUUCCUCCCUGCGAGUAAAUGAUAGAUAAUCUGCCGUACUGUGGAGCUCAGCACACUUCGGUGUUUAUCAGGCGUGUCCACAGUUGCAGUGUGCUGCAGAAAGCGCUUCUUUUUUACUGUCAGCUCCUAUGCAAAAGGUCAUGUUUUAUGUCGCCGUUCUGAAUCGUCCCCCGUCUGCCUCGCCGGACCAAAGGGAAGCGUUGAUUCUGUGUUUUGAGAGCUAUCAGGGGGAACCAGAAGCCGCUACGAGAGCCAUUCAUCUUCCAAACUGGACGUCACGGUCUGGAGGAGAGGAAGUGUUUUCAUGGUGAAAACCGGGAGAGAACCAACACAAAUCUCUAAAAAGACGAGCAUGGUCACUGAUUCUGUGAAAAGUCUAAAAAGACUUGUAGCUUCGUGUAGCUUCAUAAAUCUGUUCUCACCUCAAGUCCAACCAGGAAACUGCUGUCAGACCAGUUCCUUUGGCUAACUGGUGCUUCACACAACCAGAGAUGAUUUUCAGAAAGACGGAUGCUUCAAAGGAAGUGUUGUUGUGGCCGGUCGCGAUGUUUAAUAGAUCAAGGAGGAGCCCAGAGAGACGUAGCACGAAUUUAUUGACUCUGGAUGAAGAUAAAAGCAGUUUGACAGUAGCUGAAUAUACUGAAUAUAAUGGAUGGAGUCCAGCAGUUCCUGUGAUCUGGUUCAACAUUUAACUAGCAUUAAAUUAUGUAACUUAUAUAAGAUUGUAGAGUUGAUCAGUCCAUCCGACAGAACAAACUCAGAAAAAUAAUAGUUCUUUCAAGGUUCCUUAAAACAUCAAUUGAAGAACAUCUGUAUUGAGGGGAUGUUUCUUCACGUACUUUGUGGUUCUUUUAAAGUACUAAAGGUUCUUGACUUUUAUUGGUUUGGUAGCAUGAAAUCAGAGCUGCAGCCAAAAAUUAUUUUCGUUAUCGAUCAUUGGGUCAAUAAAACAUCCAAAAACUGUUUUAUCCUCACAGUUGUUAAAAAUCCCAAGUUGGCGUUUAGUAAAGAGUUCUUCUGUCCGACCAAGAACCAAAAUAUUAAACGUGUUCUAAUGGAAGGAACCCAAGUAGAAUGAAGUGAUUCAACAAAGAUUUUUUUUUUUUAAAUUGUUCCUUAAAAUAGCCAAACAUUGUUUGGAAAGAACCAUUUACAGGUGGACUAUUUAAAGAACCUCUUUCUAAAAGAUUGUUUAAGGAGCUAAAAUGGUGUCACCAUGAAGAACCAUUUUUGACGUUAGAACCUUUAUUUUUCUGACUGUGGCCACAAAAACAAAAGUUUAAUUUGGGUUGUUCAUUGAUCUUAAAUGACUGCAAAGUUACUAAUGACGUUCCCAUUAGCCUCAGCUGCUUUAGUGCUUAGCAUGUCAACAGAUAUUAUAAAAAAAUAAUUGGUAAAGAUGGCAACUGUAGGACACAUGUCCUGCCUUUCCCCUCCAACAGUCAAUCAUCUGCUUUGUAAUGGCCAAAACAGGAAACAUUUAACCAAUCACAUUUUUGCAGCAACUCAAGCACAGUGUUGUGAAAUCUCGCUGCUUUUUGAACUUUGUUUUGGUUCAGAUUUACCAAACUUUUUCAGCAGUUUUCAUCAGAUUUGACUGGUGGUUCUGUACAUGCAGGUCUUAUGUCUCGUGAUGGUUGAAAUUACAGUUACGGUUCCCUCUUUAUUCAUUUGGAUCAGGGGUGUCAAACUCUUUCUAGUUCAGGGGCCACAUUCAGCCCAAUUUGACCUCAAGGGACCAGUAAAAUCUCAGCAUAUUAACCUAGAAAUAACCACAACUCCAAAUUUUUCCUUCGUUUUAGUACAAAAAAGUAUAUUCUGAAAAUGUUCACAACUAUGUUUUUACAAAACAUUAUGAAAAGCCUGACCUUUCUAAUAUUAAGCCUCAGUUUAUCAUUUGUGUAUUACAGAUCACAGUGUCAACAAAGGCACAAAACAUUUAGUUGUAGGCAUCUGAAGCUGAACAAUGUAGUAUUUUACAACUUGUCAAGAUCUAGAAAUUAUUUUAAAUUUUUAUUCAUUUCCACAUCUGUGUAGUAAUCUUGACACACCACAUUAUACAAACUAAAGUGGGAACUAUUAAGGAAGAAGGUUCUGUUGUCCUCCUGCCUUGUAAAUGUAGAAAAUUUAUACAAAGAAAAUGCAUCAAAGUUGUGGCAGUACAUCAACAAUAGGGUUCAACCAAAUCAAACUCUGUACUGAAGCUGCUGACUCGCAUUAUACUGCACAAAGUUCAAUGUCUUUAAAUAUUUUCACAGGAAGUAUUCAUUUUCACCUUUGUAAUUUUUGCACUUUGCAAAGUCGUGCUGCAGGCCGGAUUGGACCCUCUGACGGGCUGGUUUUGGCCCGCGGGCCUAAUGUUUGACACCCCUGAUUUAGAUAAGACUGUGUUUUGGUUAGUGUGAAAUAACUGAGGUUUUCCUGUCAGGACUAAAUAUCAGCUGCUGAUUAAAGCCCACAUGGUCGUGGUGUUGUUGGACCAGAAUCCACAGUCAAACUGUCCCGUGUUGCACAUUUAACACGAGCUUCGGUCUGCUUUUGUUUCCAUAAGCCCAGUGUGGUAGUAAUGGUUCCCUGAGCGGCUGCUGAUAGACGGGAAUCAUCCUUCAGGCCACUUUUCUUCCGCUGUUAAACACGAACACAUGCUCUGUUCCUCCCGGCCGUCGUCUGAACUGUAGAAACAUGAUGUCUGCUGACUUGUGGUUUCCACAAUCAACUGUAGUUUUCUUACGCGGCUGUAGGCCUUCGUUUUUUUGCAUUUCCAGAAACUUGUAGAUGCGUCGGAACUGAACAAAAACAAAAAAAAAAAGAAAAAAAGCGAUAUUUUUUUAAAGAAAUCUUAAACUGCUGGCUUCAGAAGCUGAACUUGUACUGUGUGCGUCGUUCUGUAGUGCAUCGAGGUAGGAUGCCUGCUGAGUUUCAGUUCUUUUAGUAGAACCUACUACUGGACCUUCUCAGGUGAACUUAGCGUAGCGCAUGCUCCUGAGGAACACACUGAGGCUUAUCGCAUGUUAGAUCCUCCACAUUUAUUUACUUUCUUGAAUGCUCUUCUCAUUCGUAUGCAUGGAAAGCGCUUUCUUUUCCUCCCACUAACGUAUAAAGACGAACUAUAUCACGAAGUUUCCUUGCAAUAUUUCUACAAUGCACUGCAACCUUGACAAAAGCGACAUGUAUAUAAUGAGUAUGUAUUCUACACCAGACGCUUUUUUCUUGCGUAGAUCGAGCAGAGAAAUGAGUGUCAGACACUUUAUUUCCUGGCUGGUGCACCGCUAUAACCGGCUAGUCGUUUAUAUUCUGUAGAAAUUUUGUAAUUACAACUUCUACCAAUUAGAAACACGCUGCUAACCGCUGCAAUGACCCCGACCUGCACAGCUGUCCAGCAAUUAUUUUACUGUUAAAACUCAUCGAGCUUAUAGAUGUUUAUGUGCAUUUUCAUAACCUGCUGUCAACUGUUCACAGUUAUUUAAGGUUUUAAUGUUUGCAAAGCAUCACUGCUUCAUUAGUUCUGCUUUUAAACAGAUGUGGACUGUCAAAAAUGUAUUGUAUUUAAUACCCGUUUUGCACAGCUCUGCUCCUAAUUCUAUAUAUGUAGUGACCCAAAGUGUGAACAUUUUUAAAAAUAAAAAGGAAAAAUAAAUAAUUAUGAUUAUACAUGCAGACAAAAUACAGUAAAUAACCAUGAAACUGUAAAAUAAUCAAAUUUUUUAGUCUGUGAUUUUUGAUUCUUUCCUGAUUGUCUUAAUUGACAGAUAAAGAUUUAUGAUGGAUAAAUUUUAGUCAUAAUAAAUAACAGAAUAAUUAUCAAACUUUGCACUACAGUUGAGAUGAAAAACACAUAUUUUUUUUACAAUUUUUACACAGCUUUGCCCCUAAUUCUUAACAUGUCGUGACUCAAAGUGUGAAAAAUUGUAAAAAUAAAAUGGUAAAGUAAAUAAUUCUUUUUGUAAAUGCAGAUAAAUACAGUACAUAACCAUGAAACUGUAAAAUAAUCAAAAUUUUUCCCAGAUUUUUGAUUCUUUUCUGAUCGCUUUAACUGACAGAUUUAUGACGGACACAUUUUAAUCUUAAUAGAUAAUAUAAUAAUUAUGAAAUACUGCAUUGCAAGUGAGAUGAAAAACACAAACAAAAAAAAGUUUCAACGUUUGCAAAACAUCACUGCUUCAUUAGUUUUGCAUUUAAACAGAUGUGGAGUAAUUGAUUUUUUUU